AUGUACAUCACACUGUACUUCCUAGUCACUCGCCUCCCUGACUCCCUUCGAGUAGUCAGGGACCACUUUCUCUCAGUCUGUCCCACCACACUCACUAUCGACCUCCUCGAGAAGGCCCUCCUCGCGAUAGAGAAGAGCAUAGUCGCUGUAGGAGCCUCUCGAGGUGACCCGCGCACCCCCAUCUUUGAGGGGUGUUCUCCCUCCCCCCUGCUGCCCUCUGUUGCCUCUGCUGCUGCGGCCGACCUCCUUGGUCUUGAGUCGGUCGGUGCGGCGUCUGCCCCUAGCGGGAGACGCCGCCCUGGCAAGGGCAAGGGGGGCAAGGGAGCUGGAGGAGCGGGCGGUGGAGGUGGAGGUGGAGGCGGUGGGGGGAGUGGGGGUGGCGGUGGGAGUGGAGGUGGGGGUGGGGGGGUCGGUGGCGGCAGUGGAGGCGGAGGCGGCGGCGGCGGUGGCGGUGGGAGCGGAGGUGGCGGAGGAGGCGGCGGUGGAGGCGGCGGCGGAGGCGGCGGCAGUAGUGGAGGCAGCGGAGGCGGCGGAGGCGGUGGGGGUGGCGGUGGAGCUGGUCGCGGGUCUUUGCAGAGGAGUGGCUCUGGUGGUGGCUCGCGCCAGCAGCAGCAGCGCGGUCGUGAGACCCUGUCCCCUCAGCAGCUCCGUGAGUGGUACACUGCACGCCAGCGGGGUGGGGAUUUUGGUCCGUGCACCUACGUCCUGCGCACCGGCGACCGUGCGGGUGAGCAGUGUGGGGGUGCGCACCCCACCCAGCGCUGCUUUGGCCGCCUGACGGACGCGUGGCGUCACCAGUUCCCGGAGGCCUCAGAGAUCCCUCGCUGGGGCGAGCUGUCUAGGGCGGGUGUUGCCAUCUUUGAUCUUGACUUUGAUGCUAUUCUCUCUGCCAUGUAUGCUGUGUCUAUUAGUGAUAAGGGUGACUGUUACCGGUGUUUCCCGCAUGAUCGGAGCAUUGAGACUGCUGCUCUAGGUACUGGUGCGGCUGCUGCCCUAGGUGCUUUUGACGCUGCUGCUCUAGGUGCUAGUGUGUCUGCGUCCUCUGGUACCACGUCGGCUUCGGCCUCCCUCACCUUCACCCUUGAAUCUGGGGCGUCUCGCUCCUUCUUUCGGGACCGCACCACACUCACGCCGCUUAGUCAGCCGGUUGCGGUGUCUCUGGCUGACCCCUCUGGGGGUCCUGUACUGUCUCGCUUCUCCACAGUCCUCCCGUGUCCGGCGGCUCCCUCCGGCACCCUGUCUGGUCUCUACCUCCCCUCGUUCUCGACGAACCUGGUGAGUGGUGCUGACCUACAGGAUGCGGGUGUCCACCAGUUCACUCCUGCGCGUCGGCGGGUGACACACUGCACAGAGGCUAGCACAGGCCGACACCUGGCUACGUUCACCCGUCAGCCGGGGUCGAGCCUGUACACUCUGACCACUACGUCUCCUCCAGUCACCACGUAUGGCCAGGUAGCUGCGUCGGGUCCGGUGUUUGCUGCGGCGUCCAGGCGCCAGCGUGCUGCCCCCCACUCCUCCCAGUUUCCUCCGACAGAGGCCCUGUUGCAAAAACUUCACAUGGACGUGUGGGGCCCAGCCCGCGUCCGUGGGCAGGGUCACGAGCGCUACUUCCUGCUCGUUGUUGACGACUACUCGCGUUACACCGUAGUCUCCCCCUUGUGCAGCAAGGGUGAUGUCACUCUGGCGCUGUCCCUGCUACUGGAGCAAGUCCCUCUGGCGAUGUCACUCUCGUCACCUCUGCACUUUCUGUCAGCGCCAGGGUAA